CGGCGGUGUCUGUCUGUCUGUCUAUCUGUCUUCCGGGUUGGGCAGGGCCAAGGCCGUGGAGGGAGGACGAUGAUGGCGGACGAGGAGGACCAGCGGGAGACGGACCCUGAGGCAGGCGGCGACAGCGAGCUGCUGGAGGCCGGGGAUAACUUGGCCCUGGAAAGCGACGGCUACCUGCUCUAUAGAGACAGGAAGGAAUGGGCUGACAUUGAACCAGUUCCUCAAGAUGACGGACCACAUCCAGUAGUUCAGAUAAUAUAUAGUGAAAAAUUUAAAGAUGUAUACGACUACUUCCGAGCUGUUCUGCAACACGAUGAGAGAAGUGAAAGAGCUUUCAAGUUGACAGGGGAUGCUAUCGAUCUUAAUGCUGCCAACUACACAGUGUGGCAUUUCCGUAGAGUUCUUCUGCAGUCCUUGAAGAAAGAUCUACAUGAGGAACUCAAUUACAUCACAGCUAUCAUUGAAGAUCAACCAAAGAAUUAUCAAGUCUGGCACCACAGACGAGUGCUGGUGGAGUGGCUGAAGGAUCCAUCUCAAGAACUUGAAUUUAUAGCAGACAUUCUGAACCAGGAUGCCAAGAACUACCAUGCAUGGCAGCACAGGCAGUGGGUGAUUCAGGAAUUUAAGCUAUGGGACGAUGAACUGGAGUAUGUUGAACAGCUUCUGAAAGAAGAUGUCAGAAAUAAUUCUGUGUGGAACCAAAGAUACUUCGUCAUUUCCAACACAACUGGUUACGAUGAUCCGUCUAUUCUCGAGAGAGAAGUCCAAUACACCCUAGAAAUGAUCAGGAUGGUGCCUCAUAAUGAAAGUGCUUGGAACUAUUUGAAAGGAAUUCUGCAAGAUCGUGGCCUUUCAAAAUAUCCAAGUCUCUUAGAACAGCUGUUGGAAUUGCAACCAAGUCACAGUUCUCCCUACCUGAUUGCCUUCUUGGUGGAUAUAUAUGAAGAUAUGCUAGAAAACCAGUGUGAAAACAAGGAAGAAACUCUCAACAAAGCAUUAGAGUUAUGUGAAAUCUUGGCUAAAGAAAAGGACAUAAUACGGAAGGAAUACUGGCGAUACAUUGGAAGAUCCCUUAAGAUUAAACACAGCCCAAAUGAGGAACAGAAUGUGCCAACUGAAGGCGAUCAGCAGUAACUUCGUAUUAAGAGGAAAGAACAUGGCAUCCAGUUCUGUGUAUAUUACACAAACUUUGAGUGGGGGUUCUGUGGCAGACAGUUAAACAGUGUUGUCCCCUUCUCCCAAAACAUGUUGUAUUUAUACAUUACCGCAGAGGUAUUGCUUCUAACUACAGAGAAUGCAAAGCGUUCUAUAUAACAUACUGACCUGUGGUUACUGCUGCUAUAAAGGUUACCUAUGGAGUGGUCCAAAGCACUGUGCAUUUGACAAACACUUAGCAAUUACUUGAACUGUACCAAAUAAAAGAAUUGUUUCUCAACAGUAUAUAAAUAAUGCUGUACUAGCAAAUUUAAUGCCCUAAAUCAGUUCCCGGCCUUGGCCUCCACAGAGUGGCCCCUGUUCUCAUGAAGCAAGCGCAUGUAAGAUUCUGAAUGUAUUUGAGUUGGAUUGUAGAGAGCUUGUGUACAGUGGAUAUAUAGAGUAACUUAAUUUUAGUUACUGUAAAGAAGGUAUGUAGUUGUGUACUGGAGCAGCUAUGCAACACUGUGUUUUCAUUGUACCCAACUAAUGCUACCAAUAAUUUGUAAUAAAGACAUAGAUACUUGUACAAGGA